AUGCCAGCCCUCAGCCUGGUGGCUCUGGUCAGCUUAGUGUCCACUGUUCUUGCCAAGCAGCUGGACACACACCCCCCCCAGCAGCAGCACAGGCACUGGGCACAGAUCUGCAGCGGGAACCCCUUCAACAAGAUCCGGGGCUGCGAUCGCUAUGGCUGCGGCAGCUUCGGUGCCCAAAGGUAACAGGGCAAGGAGAAGCACGUGGGCGUGGACGUGAUCUGCGCGGACGGCGCCGCCGUGUACGCGCCCUUCGGCGGAGAGCUCUCCGGCCCCAUCCGCUUCUUCCACAACGGCAACGCCAUCGACGACGGGGUCCAGAUCAGGGGAGAAGGGUUCUGCGUGAAGCUGGUCUGCAUCCACCCCACCCAGUACCACGGCCACAUCCGGAGGGGGCAGCUGCUGGGGAGAAUGCUGCCCAUGCAGAAGGUGUUUCCUGGCAUUACCUCUCACAUCCACGUGGAGAACUGUGACCACUCUGACCCUACUCCUCUGCUUAGACCUGAGCCUGAAAGGGAGCCUGGAUGUGCUGUGCUCUGUGUUUCAGCUGUUCAGCCAUUCCCACAAGAAGACAAGGGCUGGGCCAAAAUAUGCUCUGGGAACCCUACCAACGAGAUCAGAGGCUGCGAUAAGUACGGCUGCGGAUACUACAACGCCCCAAGACAAGCUGGGAAAGCGAGGCACAAGCACACGGGCGUGGAUGUGAUCUGCGCUGACGGCGCCACCGUCUACGCGCCCUUCUCCGGGGAGCUCUCCGGGCCAGUCAAGUUCUUCCACAACGGCAACGCCAUCGACGAUGGGGUGCAGAUCAGGGGACAAGACUUCUGUGUCAAGCUGGUCUGCAUCCAUCCCAUCAGAUACAGCGGCAGGAUCACUAAGGGGCAGAUCCUUGGCAAAAUGUUACCCAUGCAAAGAGUCUUCCCUGGGAUCACAUCUCACAUCCACGUGGAGAACUGCGACCACUCGGAUCCCACCAGCAACCUUGAAAGGGGGAAAGGGCAAAGGGAGUGAAAUGAAAACGUGGUAAACUGCAAAUAAAUUCAUCUCAGCAUCCAAAAGCUGCCUGGUGUGGGCUGGGCUUGGCCUGCC